UAGAGAAGUGAAAGUUAAAUUUUUUUGUAGUCGACGACUCUAAGUUUAGGUAGCAUAUUGAUGAGAAAAAAACUAAAGCAAGAGGUCACUUUAUCUUUUUAUCCCAAGAUCAUUUUAUAUCGUAUUUCUCUUUGAUUUGAUUAUACCUUUACAACUAGAUAAAUAAAAAAUAUAUAUAAUAUAAGAGAAGGUAAAGAUGAGUCCCUAAUAAUUGCCAUAUUUCCUGUUCGCCAGCUGUAUCACAGCAGCUUCAUCAACUCCCCUAAAUAUCAUACUACUGCGUAGUAUAUACUACUUAUAUCUAGAAUUAGGUAAGAGAUAUCUCACGCUUCCGUGCCUACCUCAACCUUCUGUCUACGAGCCAUGCCUACAUAUCUAAUUGCUAGUCUCGUGCAGGGCUGUCAAUGUGCCUUAAGCCUACCUGCAUAACUGUGCCUGCUCCACAUGCCUGUCUACCAAUUUACCUUCCUGAUAACUCCCUAGAUACCUGCCACCUCAAGCGAUUGUUUUUUAGUAUGUUCAUCAUAUUGUGGGAUUGAAACUCACUAUAUUAUUUUGAAAUUUACUGUACAAAUUUAACAUAAAGGGUUCAUAAUAUGUAACAACAUAAACUAACAGAGUGUCACGCCGAAUCAAACAUUUUUACACGAAUCUUUUUUGGCGUCCUUAUCAGAGUUUAACAUCAAGCUUCAUAGGGUAUUUUUAAUCAUUUCGAAAUUUGGAAAAAGGCUCUUUCAAAGUUAACAUGGAUAAAAAAGCAAAUAGCAAUCAAAAUCAAGAGCAAAAAAGAGAAACGUCAGAUGCUGUCGAUCGAGCCGCAAAAGCUGGACUUUUUAAUCGAAUCUACGUAACUGUUGGACAAAAAGUUGGUAUCGUAGAAUUGACAAAGUUAGAACCACGAUUUGAGAGAAACAUUGAGAAGCUUACCACCUACCACAAUAUAAUUUACAAUAUGGUGAACGCUAUCGAACUUCAAGUUCAAGUUGAUCCAAAGGCAAUAGUAAAGAAUCAAGUUUUGUGUGAUCCCGAUGAAAGUCCAUGGGAAUUGCUUGGAGGAUGGAUCAAUUAUAUGGGUACAUAUCAUUUUAAUGGUCCCCAAUCAAAAAUACUCGAUGCCUACAGUAUUGCUUGUGGAAAAAUUGGUCAAAAAGAGCGACAGCUCCAGAAAAGAACACGGUCUCAUUGUAUCAAAAAGAUGAGGAUGUACACUGCAGAUGAAAGCGUUGAAUUGAACAAUCAUGUCGCUCAUCUCAAGGAUCUUCUUAUUGCAAUUGAUGAUUCACGACAUCAACUGAAAUCAUCAAGAACAACAAAAGAAGUUAAAGCAAAAGGUGAAAUCUACCGUAAGAACAUUCAAGCUUUCAAUUGUACCGCAAACGAAGUUCAAGCCAGGUUGGAUGAAGUUCCAAUGAUUGUUCCACAUCAUGAGAAUGAACUUUUGAAGUUUUCCCGUGAAGUGUCGAUUUUCAACAAUUCUGUGGAAAACUUGCUGAAAGAAGUGGUCUUCCGUCUUGGAUAUGGCAAAAGAAAUGACAAGCCAAGUACUCGCGCCGUUCUAAAGUGAUUGAUUUUGUAUGAAGAAUAAUAAAGAUGUUGACUUUUAAAGAAAU